CUUAAAUUUAAGGCGGAACACUUUGAUUUGAAAGUUCAACACAUGAUUAUUUGACGGUGAGGUUGAUUGUUUACUUUCUUAAUUUACACAUCUAUCGAUGCUUACACAAAGUAUUGUCUUUUGUCAUCAUCUUGAUCAAAUAUAUUUUGGCCUAGCUACUAAAAAAAGUUAUUAGUUAUUUUAGGAAGACAAGGGCAGACGAGACCGUUGUAGACUACUUGUACUUGUAGAAUUUGAAUAAAAUCGGGUGACAUGGGCAUGGUGUAAAUAGGCACUUGAAUACAAAAUUUAAAAAAAUUCAAAUAAUUUUUUUAAUAGCACAGUUAGUUAGAGCUAAUUUCAAAUAAAAAAAUGAAACCAGAAUCAACUUUUUAGCUUAAGUACUUUUUGAGCUAUGAAUUUUUAAAGUGUGAGUUCGUUUGGUAUUUUUUACUAUGGACGAAACCUCCACAUCUUGUGACCUCAUUCCGCUGAUCGCGUCAUGCGCAAUGACUAUAUACUUUAUAUAAGGCAACGCAUCGCCUUAUCACUAAAAUACUGUUUAGGGUCGACUUAGUUUAAACUUUCAACUUUGGCACAUGAAUAAUUAAUUAAAGCUUUCCCUGACCAAUGGUAUAGUAGUUUUUGCACACGGCAAACUCUUAUGAAUGAAACUCUGAGGUAGUACUACGAUACAGCCGUUAUGCAAGUGGCUGUGAAUGGUUGCCAAUGACAACGUGUUGCACACGGUAAAUUUUGAUCAUUUAUAAUAUGGAUUCUACCGGGUUGUUAAAGCUCAAAUUAAAACAUUCCAGUUUAAAUGUCUUCAAAAUGCAUUCUGAAACACAAGUUAUCAAUUAUUUUGAUGUAGAUAGUGGUAAUAAAUUAAUAUUUCCUAAGUAUCGGCAACUUCCGCCAUUACAAAGGGGGCGUGGCCCACCCCAUGGCGAAAUUAGGUUGAGCGAGCUGCAUGACCUGCUGCGAACGCGUAGAAACAUAGCGUCUCUCGUAAGACACUUAUCGCUGUGAAAAUUGGCAUACAUGUAGAUCAAUAGAUUCCCCAGAUGCAAAAAAAAUUUGGUAGUGACAAAUUUUUUCCUUCGACUUAAUUUUAAUGAUGAAAGUUGCCUUAUAUUUACCAAGGAUUUUCUCAAAGCUGACUGAUUGUAAAUGAAAAAGAAAUUGAUUAAAAUGUAGGCCAAGAUGUCUACCUAAUUAUAAGGCCGAAAACGGAACUCAAAUAUAUAUGGAAAGUACUAAUUUAAUAAUAAAUAGACACACACAUCGGAAAAUUAAAAACUCAGAUUUUUUGGCGCCGAUUGCGAAUUCCCAUACACAAAAAGUAGUAGUCUCCCUUGACUUACCGAAGUAUCUAGUGUAAAGAUGUAGUUAGGUACCCCGCCGAAGCAAGGGACACUCAUAGUAAAUUUUUAUCGGAAAUGGGCGUCGGCGCAAUAGAAUCCCGGGUUUUUAAUUUUUUCAUGUGCAUGUAAUUUGAAUAAAUUAGCCCAUAAUUAAGGUCUGACUCGGCCCAUUGACGGUAGGAGAAAUGUUGAACUACAUUCCCAUUUAGUUAAUUUUUUCUUUAUAUCAACGUUAAGUAAGGAAUAUCGUAUGUCAAUAUAAGGCAUCUUCGCAUUAAAAAAUUUGGUUUAAAUAUUCAAAGUAGGCCUUUCACUUUCAUAUUAAAAGUAGGCCUGCAUAAUUUGUUGAAGUACACGUGUGCAAAAUUUCAUUGAGAUAGCUCGUGAAACAUUUUCACAACUCUCCGCAACGUUGACCUCACUAUGCAAAGGUCGCACAGGCCAUUUUGUAUUAGUGAUCCCGCCCCCUUUUAAUUGUCGGAAAACGCUGAUACUUAGCUUAGGAAAUAUUCAUUAUUAUCUCUAUACUCUAUAUAUUAAUUAUAUACAUCAAAAUAUUUGAUAACUUGUGUUUCAGAAUGCAUUUUGAAGACAUUUAAACUAGAAUUUUUAAAUUGGAGCUUUAAAAACCCGGUAGAGUCCAUAUUAUUAGCGAUCAGAAUUGACCGUGUGCAAAAAGUCAUAGAAAACCAUUCACAACCAUUUGCAUAAUGCUAUGCCGUAGUACUACCGACUAACUCAAGUUUCAUUCAUAAGAGUUUGCCGUGUGCAAAAACUAUUAACACCAUUGGUCAGGGAAAGCUUUAGUUAAUUAGUCAUGUGUCAAAGUUGAAAGUUCAAAAUAAGUAGAUACCAAACAACAUUUUAGGGGGUGUGUUGCCUUAUAUAGACUAUAUAGCAUAUACCGGUAUAAUGGACGCUGAAGAUUUGGUAAACAGAAAAGCCAUAUAUUAAUACAUUAUAUUAAAUUUACUGAUAUAAAUAGUGCAUAGUUAGAUAAGCUACAAUUUAUCUAUAAUUGUUAACAUUAUUAAACUUAUUUCUUAAAUACAGCAUUAGUUCUGAAAAUAAAAUUAUCAUUAAAACAAGAGUUAUAUAGCUCGUGACGCGAACAGCGGAAUUGGGUACCAGAAAAUGGUUUAAAAAGGACAAAUUAAGUCGUACUGUAAAAAUUCAUAACUUUAAAACUACAGCAGCUAAAAAUAUGAUUUUGGUGUUAUAAAAUAAUUCUUAAAAAAAUUAACUUUAUUCAACUAUGCCAUUGGUUUAUUUUUACUGCCUUAAUAAUAUACUUUAAGUUGGAACAUGCACCUACCAGUCUAAGUCUAAUAGCCGCCGAUAAUUGGUGUCGUAAUUCUUUAUGUCUAAAAUGCCCUAUUUAAAUUUAAUCCUUUUUUGAAGAUCGCAGGCUUCAUCAGCCUCUUGAACAUCUCUUGAAAGAAAAAAGAGAAGAAUAAAGAAAAAUGCAAGAGAGAAACAAAAGUUAUCUCUGUCUAAUUGGUGUUUCGUAUUAGACGGUGUCCUGCAAGUCAAAGUCAAAGCAUGCUGUCAUACACUUACACAGUGAUACAAUCGCAUUGUGUCAUAAGUUUGCAAUUUACAGAAUGUUUCCUGAAAUUAGAACCAUUUUAUUGUUCAUUUUAUAUUAUUACAAGCAAUAAAUAGUCUGCCAACAAAAUUAUAAGUAAACAAUUACGUCACCGAUUAUCGACGGCUUUAAGGCUGGUAGCCAGGCACUUUCUAACAAAAAGAAUUCUAUUUGACAUUUGGGACCGCUGUUCUGAGGAUUGCCAAAUGUAUAGAGUGUAGUCAUAGUAUAACUUUCCCUUUCUUCACUGAGUAUAGUAUUAUUUGCAUCAUAAAUUAAACGAUCUAUACAGAAAUAAAUUUAUACUGAAAAUGUCCAUUCAUUUUUUAAUUAAAAUUUGAAAAUUAGGUCUGGGCACUUUGGUGUCGCCCGGGAAAUGCAGAAAACCAGGUAUUGUGACUUCAUUAUCAAAAUGGCUAAUUCCACUUUUUAAUUUACAGAGAGUUUUGUUGUUUAGGAUUUUUUUUGCCAAUUAUGGACCAGCAUGCACAUUCUAUUUCCACCCAUGUUUUAGAGUAGACAUAUUGUUUUAUCAUUAGAAACUUAAGCUCUAAAAAGAAUUUGAAAAUUGAAGGUAAAAUAAUGUUAACUUAACCCAUUCAUAUUUUUAUGUUGGAAAAUAUAUAUCUCUUAAAUCAGCACUUCUCAACCUGUUGGUCACGAUCCCUUUGGGGGUCAAAUGACAUUUUCACAGGGGUUGAGGAAGACCAUUGGAAAACAUAUAUACUCUACAGUUAUGAAGAAGCAACUAAAAUAAUUUUGUGUUUGGGGGUCGCCACAACUUGAGGAAUUCUAUCAAGGGGUCGCGGUUUUAUGAAGGUUGAGAACCACUGUCUUAAAUGAAAAGGACAACAGAGAUAAUUGCAUACAUUACAACAUAUCCAAAAUUUGUUAGGUUAGGCCCAACAGUUUGAUAAGAAAGUUAUCUGGAAAUUUUAGUCACAUGUGUUUCAAAAUUACCUAUUAUCGAUAAUGGUCAUUUUUGGAGUAAAUAUCUUGAUUUCUCCUGGAAAUUAUGCAUAUUAUAUUAAAAAAUAAUAAGUUAAUUUUAAAACAAAAUAACAUAAUUUAAUAGCACCAAUACAUAUUUCUAAUAUGAUCUGAUGGUUUUAUUUUGAGGUAUUGGUUUGGGGAGUGGGAUAAAUAGGCCUUAUUAUUAUUACAAUUAAUGUUUAUAUGAGUUUUUGAGUUAUAUAUUUUUAUAACCUUUGAACCACUUGAGCUAAAAAGUUGCUCUUUGUGAUUUGUAAACCAUUCUGAAAUUUCAUAUUCAGAAAUGGCUGACGUCAGCGGGCCGUUGAGCUAGUGUUCUUUAUGCCCUCCCCAAGGCACGCCCCUAAGCCCGGUAUUGGGCCGCGAAGCGGCACGUUGGAGAUAUCUCUUUGUAAACCAUUCAUUUGGCUCUAUUCAACUGUACAGUACAGCAUUUAUAUUUUUAGAAAUGUUUUAAAAAUUUCAUCAAAGUACCGACAGCCAAUUAUCAUGAUUGGUUAGAGUUCAUUUCUGUUUCUCCUAAUAAACACAAGAUUUCUCCAUACCGGUUUUAAAAAAAACAACUAAUUAUCCAUACUUUUUUUUUUUUUAAAUAUUCUAAAACCCCGCAUAAACAGGAUCCAGUAAUAUGGACCCCAAUUAUCUGGCGCACCUAACAGUAUAGAAAUGUGAGAAUGGUUUCACAAGUGUAGUGAAGUUUAGUCUAUUUAAAUUAUAAUUAUAUAAAGUAGCAGACUAUCAGUAGUAUAUACUGUUGCUUAUUUUUGUUGACAUUAUGACAUUGAGUAUACUUAUUUUAGUAUGUAACUGUACUUUUACACACAUUCUAACAAACUUUCUGCCUUCCCAGAUUUUUCAUUUCAGCUGAAGUGAAUAAAGUUAAAUUAAAAGGGAAUCAUGAAAAAAGUAUCAGCUUUCACAGUUUUUAACAAUGCAAAACAGAAGGUAUGUAGAGGAAAUCCUUAAGUAUUUAGAUAGGCCUGUGUGGUGAUGGGUAAAUUGAUAUGUGUAGACUUUACUGUAAAAUGUAAAAAAAACAACUAACAUUGACUAAUAAUGGUAUAUAAGCCCCAUUAUUAUUUAAUACAAAUCUUCUAGUUUCUGGUUAAAAUAACAUGGUUUUCUUUAAUAUCAGGAUUCAGAUGAAGAGUAAACCAUCUAAGAUGUUUGAAUAAUUUUUAAAAAAUUAUUGUUCUAGACAAAGGAGGAACAUGUUGUCAGCAGGCCACCGAAAGCAGUUGCUGAUAAAAGCAUGAUACCUCUCAGGAGGGCCCAAAGUUCACAGUCAAUGGAAAGAAGUGAGAAGCAGAAGGAUACGGGCCAUGGUAGUGGAUCAAGGGGAAAGAGGUUUCUUGUAAGAAUGUGUAUAAUUUUUAUUCUUUAUGCUGGUCAUCUUUAUCUCUGCUCCUCUCCUCUUUUUCUUUACUAUGUUCCUCUUUUUCCCUAGGGUUAGGCCUUUGUAUGUAUCAAAUUGAUAAGUCCUGUGGGGCUUUUUAUGCCCUUAGCUUUUUACAUACCUGAGAAGAUUCAGCAGAUAUAACAAAGGAUCAGAUACCACUGCUAUAACCAUUUAAAUUAAGUAAGCUUUUAGAUAACUAUACUAUACUGCUGUGAAGAAUAUAGAUGCUGUUUAUAAUAGGGAUGUGCCAAUAUGCUGAUCGGCUUUAUUUAAUGUCUAAAUGCAAAUUAUUGACUUUCACAUUGUCAUAUAUAUGGACCCCAAUUAUCAGGCCCAACUGACGGUAUAUAAAAUUUAGAAUGGUUUCACUGGCAUAAUGAAGGUUAGCCUAUUUAAAUUAUAAUUAUAAAAAGUAGCAGAAUUUUGGUGGUGUAUACUGUAACUUGGUAUUAUAGCUGAUGCUAUUAUUAAAAAUCUAGUGAAACCUAAAGCUCUUCCUUCUUUCAUGUUACUUAGAUACUUAGAACAAAACAAUCCAAACUUCAUAUUUUAAUUACUUUACAUUCCCUCCCACUUCCCCAUAGUUGAUAAAAUAAUUGGGCACAUAUUUACUAUUCAAUUUGAAAAACGUUAUUACUGGAAUUCAGAAAAGAGGUGUUUUAUAAAAUUCCAAAUACUUGUAUCAUGUAAAUAUAAUUUUAAUUAAAAUGAGACAAAUAAAUCAGUUUCUUCUGUAGGAUCAUACAACUAAUCUUUAAAUGAGCCAAUUAUCUACCAUUAUUAGUGCAUUCCUAGUUUAAAAUAAACAUUUCUGCAUAAAUACAGCAUUUCUUUAAUUUAUAAUUACAAUUUUUGACUGGAUAAGAUUUAAUUUAUUUUAAAUUUUAAAAAAAUCUUCUUAACCUCUAGAAUGCUUUGAGAAGUGGAAAUAUCAGAGAAAGUAUGCGUUUUUCUAAUAAGAAGAACCGGCCUUCAUCUCUAACAUCUUUGAACCAUGAUAGUCCAUUUCCUGGUUUGGCAAAAAUCUCUUUAGUUGGACCUAAAAAGGGAAGCACAGAAGAUCUUCAGCCUACAGCUAGAAAGCAACUCCUAGAUUGUAAGUCUUGUAAUUAUUGCUUAGUUUUGUAAUGUUUUUUAAAUUUUUAUUAGAUAACUUGAAUCAUGAAAACAUUUUUAUGAUAUUUUCUGUAUAAAUAAUAAAUGUGUAACUUUUUGUUUACUUACUUUCAUUUUUUAUUGAAUGGAAAUCAUUUGUAUUUAUCAAACAGAUAAAAUCCUUUAUCUUUUCAUGUGAUAUUUUCUUUAUUAUAUUUUCUUUUAAAAAUGUCAUAUUUAUGUUUGUGUUAUUUAAUCAUCUCUGUUUACAUGUUUCAAGCCACAAACCAAGUCUCUAAAUUAGAAAUAACACCAGUUUCAAGAAAAAGUCCAAGAGGGGAAGCUGAUGAUAUCACCAAACUCACAACAACCGUGCCAAACUCUCCUAAGAUAGCUAAGAGCACUCCAAAUAAAGUACCCCAAGAGAAGUCACCAAAGCAAACUAAAGGCACCCCUCAGCAGACAAACGUUUUGACAGAAAAAAUAACCAAGGAAAGGAAAGCCACUCCUACGGUUUCUAAACAAACUUCCAGAACUUAUCUGGAACAGGAGUCCCCGCAGUUACUGUUGAGUUCUUCUGACAACAUAAAUGGAGAUUACAAAAGUCCAGAGAGUAAGAAACGAGAAAGAAGGGGCAAGAAACGAAAAGAAGCUGGGAUGUCCAGCAGUGGAAAAAAGAAACGAAGAACUGAAAGAGAUGCUUUAAGAAACGUAGAGGUUUGUACUUUGUAAUACAAAUGUAAUCUUGUGAGUUCGUACAAUAGAUGUAAUCAUUAAGUUUUUUAUUGUCAGGUGUAAAUGUAGGCUUGCUAAAACUUGCUUAUUGGUACUGGUACUGUUAUAUCUUGUCACAGAGAUGAGCCACAGAAAAUUUGUUGUAAAAAAAUAGAACCUGAAAUUUGGCAUUAGAAAUCAGAAACCAUGAUGCUGUUAUAUUAUGCAAACUUAAAGAAAAUUAUUAACUUCUAAGUUCACACAAUGCAUCGCUGUUCUCUCAGAUACAACAUUUCAGCUAAGUUUAAUUUUUAUGUUUGUGUUUGUCUUUGUUUGCUGAAGAAUGCUUCUAGCUGACUCAAUCGUUGUUUUGUUGCAUCGUUUUUUUUUGGUUUUACCAUACCUUGUUCCACAUAUUUCCUUCUACCUAAACCCGAUUGUAAUCUCCCUCUCCCUUUAUUAUCAAGAAAUUAUCCAGCUUAGUGAUUUAUAAUCAUUUUUGUGGACAUUUUUUUAAAAACUGUUAUCACAAGAGAAUAGUAAAUUUACUGAAGAGUUAAAAAUAAAAAAUUAUCUGACAUAUUUUUAGGGUUCCAAUCCAGUGGAGUUGCCUUACAUGUAUGACAGUGUUUCUGAAGCCAGCAAACUCUUUGAAUGUAUGAUCCACCCAGUUACAACUGAGAGAUUCUUCUCGUAGGUGCUAUAUAGGGUUAUAACUUCAUGAAACAAACAAAAAUAGCUAAGUUCCCUAGUUAUUUUCUUUCACUGUUGUAAUUCUUAUCAUGGACUAAAUAAAAGCUAAUUUUCUAGAAAUUAGAAUGCAAAUAGAAUUAGUGCGGUGUGAAGGAAAGAAAGUUACAGAGAGGAACAAUUACAAAAAACUUACUUCCACAUCUAGAUGAUAAUGCAACUUUUAAUGAAAUAAUUAUUAUUACAAUUUUAUUUAUUACUUUCAGGGAAUUGUGGGAAAAGAAACCAUUGCUAGUAAAGCGCCACACUCCAGACUACAACAAAGGCUGGUUUUCUACUGCUGAGUUUGACAAAAUAUUGAGACAAGUAAGAACAAAUUCUUAAUGAACUUUUAUUCACUGAAGAGUUAUAUUUAUAUAAGAAUCCUCCUGCCCCCUCGACCCUCAAACACAAAUAACAUCUGAUCUGAACCAUACUGUUUAAGAAUUAAAUUAAAUGAUUUUGUAACUACUUUAAGGAUAAAUUUUGUAACUACUUUCAGGAUAACAUUCAGUGGGGUGUAAAUCUUGAUGCCACUUCUUUUAUUGAUGAUAAAAGGGAAACUCACAAUCAAAGUGGGAGAGCUCAUGCACCUGUGGUAUGGGACAUGUAUCAGGUGAGGCGGUAGAAAAGCUAUUUCAGAUGUUUAUUUUUUUUAUUAAAGGUGGCUUGUGAUAAUCUAAUGGUAAUAGUUCUGUUAUGAAAUUAACUUUCUAUAAAUGUGAUGUGAUUCUUUUACAAUUAUUUCACAGCUUAAAAUAGUAAAAAUUGUUGGACUGUUAAAUGUAUCAUGUUUUCUGGUAUGUGUUUUUUUUUUUCAGGCUGGCUGUUCAUUGAGACUGCUCAACCCACAAUCAUACAGCAGAAAUGUUUGGAAGGUUCUUUCUGUGCUUCAAGAAUACUUUGGUUGCUGUGUUGGAGCCAAUAUGUGAGUGAAUGGACACUAAAAAAUUUCAGUUUUGUCACAUGAACCUUUUUUAAACACAUAUAAGAAUUAAUUAUCUGGUUAUUUAUUGACACGGGGACAGAAAUUAAAAGGGGAGCCAGAAUGAUCAAUUCAUUGAUCGUGGGCCCUCAAAAUAUAGAAGAUGAAGAAAAGAUCUGCGUGAUAAAUUAUGAUAAACUUAUGAAAAUAAGAGGAGAAAAGUCUGCCACUACCAAAAUGUCAUUUAUUGAAAAUCUCAUACUUUUUUGUUGAUUUCAGUUACUUGACUCCACCUGGUACCCAAGGGUUUGCACCACAUUUUGAUGACAUAGAAGCAUUUAUUCUUCAGCUGGAAGGCAAAAAACAUUGGAGGCUGUACAGCCCAAGGUGAGGAAGUUUUGAACAGUUACUCUUUCUAUUCACUGUCUUGUUUCAGAUGCACUUGUCAAAAUGUCAUCUUAAUUAAAUCAAUAUUAAAUUUGAUGCUUAGUGAAUAAUUGCAUUUUUAUUUUUGCAGUCUGUUAGCUUUAUAAAAUCUUGAUAAAUUUGUUUCAGAAAUGAUGAGGAAGUUCUUCCAAGAUUUUCUAGUGGUGAGAAACUUGUAAAUAUAUUCAGAUCACAUUAAUACAUAAAUUUCAACGUAAUCAGUUGUAACAUAAGUAGUUUCAAAAUUAAAUAAAUGUCUUUGGUCUGUUCAAUAAAUUUGUUAUUGGAACCCUUCCUUCUGUAGCACUUGAUGUGUUGUGGACAACAUGCUUAUUAGAAACCUUCCUUCUGUAGCACUUGAUAUGUUGUGAACAACAUGCUUAUUGGAAACCUUCCUUCUGUAGCACUUGAUGUUUUGUGGACAACAUGCUUAUAGUUUCAGGGGGGAAAAAACAUGUUUGUUUUAUUUCAGUACUUGUCAAAAUUUGAUUAAUCAUUAAUUGUUUAAUAGUAAUUGGCAUACUAUUUAAGUGAGAGUAGGGGUAAUAAGGGGAGAGACUGCAAUCAGGUUAGUACAAAAUAAAAUGAGUAAAACAGAGUAUGGUUAAACCUGAAAAAUUAAACGCAACAAGACAGCGAACGUGUCGGCAGAAAGCCUUCGUCAGCGAACAAAACAACAGAAAAAACGUUAUAAAAAUAAGAAAUAGCACUUAGCUGGUAAGUAGUAUCUGUGGGCAGCAAAUGAAGUGUGGCAGAAGGUCCUUCUGCCACACUUCAUUUGCUGCCCACAGAUACUACUUACCAGCUAAGUGCUAUUUCUUAUUUUUAUAACGUUUUUUCUGUUGUUUUGUUCGCUGACGAAGGCUUUCUGCCGACACGUUCGCUGUCUUGUUGCGUUUAAUUUUUCAGGUUUAACCAUACUCUGUUUUACUCCUUUUAUUAAGUGAGAGUAACUGGACACAUGCUAUUUCAGUGGUCUCAUGUUAAUUAGGACUUUGGUUUCACUUCUGCUAUUCAAUGCAGAAGCAUUUUCCAUGCCAACAAGUAAGCAUCUGUAGGUGUCUCCUCUUUGUGGCCAGAGAAGAUGUAAGCCAAUAAGCUCACUUUUCUCAUUGCCCCUCAGCUUCUCACUAUCAUGUUUUCUGUUUCACCCUUGACACUGAUUUUGGUUUCUUAUAAAUGAAAUCUUAGUUCUUAAGUGAUUUGAAAUUAAUAUUUUGCUUGAUGGGUUGAAAAAUUGUGUGUUAUUCCUUGUAACUAUUUCAUUUGAUAAACAUUUGGAGUAAUAGUCUGAGUUAAUAUGAUUAAUUAAGUGAUUUAAUUCAGCUGACUUAAAAUCAGGAUGAGUUCCAAAAUCUUCAGAAUUUCUUCCUCCAAUAUUUACUGGUACCACCUGACAAUGAUUAUGCUUGAAAUUAAAUUCAUUUGCACUAAAUUCUCUCCACAGGAAACUUUUCCCAGUUUGAAGUUGGUGAGCCAAUACUGGACACGGUGCUGGAAGCAGGAGACCUACUGUACUUUCCUCGAGGCACAAUACAUCAGGUUUGUGGAAAGGCAGUUCACAUGAUUUCAGUUUGUGCAAAGAAAGAAGAAAUUGAUUUAAGAUAAGCUACUGUUAUUGAUUCAAAUAAUUGGAAAUAAGGUUGUUGUUUUUCAUUCAUCGUACAUAUUUUUUUCCAGUCUUGGAAGAAUUUUUUGCUCCUUAAAAUUAGUCUGUAGCAAGACUGUCGUUGAAUAAUUGUGCAGUAUGAAUAACUGUUGAAUUCUUGAGUGAAUGGAGUUUUGUUUGAAUGGAGUUCUCCUUUUUUCUCUCUCCAAGAUCAAGGACCCUCCUUUUGUCUGUAGCCGUUUUGUCUUUGGAUGGUUGUUUUGAUCUUGCUAUUUGUUUACUAGAUGGCUCAUUUUUUUUUCUUCUAAUUUGGGGGUUAUGAAUGUGUCUUGGUUUUUGGCAAAAAAGUCAAAAGAAUCCACGAAAAUGCAGUUCCUCAAAAUGAAAAAUACAAGAUUAUCAGUCUAAUCAGAUUAAACACAUUCCACGCGCCUUGACUCCAAAGAAAACUUUUUAAAAAACUUACAAACUGUUAAAAAAGCUGAAAAAUUUACACAAGUGAAAUUGAGUCGCCUGCAGAGCAGAGGUGCCGCUGAAGUAAUAUAAUGUUAGUUCUGAAACAAAAAGGAUUUAUGCUGAAAUAAAGGGUAGUUACAACCUUUGUAAAAGGCUUUGUUUCUUCCAUCAGGGCAAUGCAACGGAUGAACAUUCCUUACACAUCACAGUUUCUUGCUAUCAGCUGAACACAUGGGGAGAUUUGUUACAGAAAGUGAGUAAUUAAAAUUUCCUAAUAGUUCAUUCUAAUUAAUAUAAAAAUUUUAAAAAGAAAUCCUGAUUGCUUUUAAAUAAAGUAACAAAGGUGAACAAUAAAAUGAGCAAGAAAAGUAAUGUUGAUCUUUCAUGAUUUUAUCUUUCUGUAGUUGCUCCCUGCUGCCAUUGAGAUAGCAAUGGAGGAGAAUGUUGAGUUUAGAACAGGCCUGCCAAGGAAUUACCUCAAUUACAUGGGCAUCGUUCACUCAGAGAAGGUAAAGCUAUCCAUUGCUAAACUUUAAUAAACUUAAUAACAAAUCAAGCCAGAAGAACUUAGCAUUAUUUAGCGAAAUUCAUUUGGAUAUUUCACUGGUAUCAAUAUAUAUUUCUUAAUGUAGUAGCUGGAAGCUCAUUGAAUAUGGGAUGUAAAUUUUAUUUUUAUAAUGUCUAGGAAAUUCCAGAGAGGAAAGCCUUCGUUGAAAAGGUGCAAACCCUUGUGACAUCAAUAUUAGACUCACUGCCUGUAGAUUCAGCUUGUGAUCAAAUGGGCAAACAGCUGAUGUAUGAUUCAAUGCCUCCAGUUUUAUCUGAAGGUAACCACUCUUGUAAUGUCAGCAACUUGUUACUGUGAUCUGAGAAUUACUCUGUUAUGUCAGCAAACUCUUUACUGAGAUCAGAGCGUUACUGUUACAGUGGUGAACCUUGACCUUGCAGUCAGGGGCGAACCAAAAAAAUUUCGCCUCCUAAUCCAAAAAAUCUCGUGAGCAAAACACCCCUUUAUCCCAAUUAGUUCGGAAGAUCGACACUCUUCUCUAUGUUCAGUCCAGCAUUGCUGCUGAUAACCAGAAUGGUAUUUUAGUUGUUAAUAUAAUACAACUGUUUAUUCCUUUGUAUAUAUAGCGUGGGUUUUACUGGUCACUUGCAGAUGAGUUUAAGCAUGCAUUUAAAGCACAUAAACACACAUCAUCUAAGAGGUGAUAUAUAAAGAAAUAUCUUCAACAGCUUAGUAAACAUACCAGUUUAGAAAUCUGUCUAAAAUAUUGGGGUACUUAUUUUCAUAAAUAUAUUGUAAAGCUAUGAAUAAAAAGAUAUCUAUAAUAAGGGGCUAAUCUUAUUCAUCGCUGAAGUAAUGUGAUCCAAAUCUGUAAUUGAUUGGAGUCACACAGUGUAAGUGUAAAAAAUUAUGAUUGUUUUUUUAAGGUAAUUUUUUUUUAAAACCCACAUAAAAUAAAGAAGCCUAACGGAAGUAAACAUAGCAUAGAUUUCUUUGGCGAUUUUUAUAGAAUUUUUUUAAUUAUGGAAAUUUCAAUAAGCAAAGUAAGAGGGAAAAUCAUCAACAUACAUAAUACUUUUUGUAACAAUUUCCGACACUAACACUUAAAGUUUACGCACGUGACUCUUUCUUUCGGUUCAUCCCCUGUCUUGUGCUUACCUGAAAGGUGACUUGUGUUGAUGACAGAGUUACAGCUAGGGUUCGGAGGGGAGUGGGGGCGGCUAGUGAGGGGGAAAUAAGAAAAGGUGAUUAAAAAAACAGCCAUACCAACAUCCCCUUUAAGUUGCUCGGCCGCGCAGCUAUCUCACAAACGCAGCGCAGCAGUUUUGAGUAUCCGCGCAGCAAAUUUCCAUGCAAGUGUGUGUUUGUGGGCUGUAAAAUUUUGCACACAAAAAAAUUGUUGCUGCAAAACUUUGCACACAACUGUAUGAUCUUGCACACAAACCAACAAACCUUAGAGGGAACAUUGAGCCACACCCCUUCACUUAAAAUAACCAUCAGUCCUUACUGUAGGAUUUUGGGAUGGGAUAAGGUGUUGGGGCUGGGCAUUUCGACACUUAGACUCUGAUCAAAAGAUGGCAAGCAGUUGUGGGAAUCAUACAAAGGGUUUUAUUUCAAUGCAUGUUUUGUCAAGUAUCUUAAGUAGAUGAGACGUUCACGCAUUGCAGCCGUUAUAGCUAGUUGUUGAUAAUCAUGACUAUACAGAUAGUAUCAAAAAGAAAUAUUUUUAUAUUCCAAUAACAAACCCCUACUAAAGUUUAUUUUUAAUAAUAAGAUGAACAAUUUUUUUUUUUUUAAAAAAAAAAGAAAAAAUUUCCCCCCCCCCCCCCCCCCCUGGGGAAAGUAGCCACCUUUGCCCUUCCCCUAAAAGAAUCUUAUCUUAUCUGUUAUUUCAGCAAAGACUUUACAGGUAUCAGGGAAAGACUUUGGGAUUUUGAGCGGAACUCUGUAGCAGGGUCUUUUUCCCCGGAGCUGAAAACAUUUCUUACUGCUCCGAGCUCCAAAUAAUUUUAAUAAAUUACUGUAAAAAAUAAUUUUAAAAAGUAUAAUUGGUACUUUUUAUGGUUAAUUUAUUAAAAAAUAUGCCCUCUCCUACCAACUAUGUUGCCCCAAAAACAUAUACCCAUCUUAUACCAGCUAGGACCCCCAGUCUUCUCCAGUUAAGUAGACAUUCUCUUCUAAAGCUAAGUUGCCUUACUCUUAAUAUUAUCUUGUUAACAAAAAAAGUGAAGAUAAAACAAAAACAAAUUUUGACCUUUUUGUGAAGGAAGUAUUUGGUCAAGUAUUUGUUUUGUAAUUAAAUAAGUUUUCAGUUACCGAAUGCUUCACAUUUCCUACAGCUUGACCUCUUUCCACAAUUUCCCAAAGACAUUUUAUUUUAUACAAUGGCUAAAAAAACAGCAGAGACUGAUAAGGUUGACUCUGCUAUCAUCCAUGUGUCUCUCGCCUCUCACAUGUAAAUGGUUUUCAUUUCAAGUUAAAACACAUACUGGUCUUUUUUUACAGGUGAAAAAAUGUGCAGUGUCCACGGUGCAGGUGAAAGAUGGGAUGCUGGAUACAACAGGGUUGUAGGUGUGUCUGAACUACAGCCGGAUACUGUGAUCAAGAUCCUGAGGCGAGGCGUGUUAAGGUAAGAUCUGGCAAAUAUUCUUUUUAAUGUUAGUUAAUAAAAAAAACUACCUAUCAAUGGUGAUGUGUAUUCUCUUCAGAACUAAAAGAGUUAAAAGUGAAUGAAAAAAAUUAAAAACUCUGGAAAUAAUUGUUACUAAAAAUGAACGAGAAAAUGGAAAAAGAAGGGAGGUUAAAGUAGCAACUUUCUAUAUUAAGAUAAAAAGUAGUGAUGAGUUUUGUAUACAUUUUUAUUAAAAAGGUCUCUUUUUAUGUGUUUUUUUUAGCUUCCUGCUCAAAAUUUAACUUCAUACAAUCUACCCAAUUCUGAUAUAUUAAUAGCCCCAUUAGGCUAGGCCGUGUACCAAAUUUUAGUAAGGGUUGCGUUCAUUUGUGUGGACAAAUAAUUAAAAUAAUUAUUUUGGAUAGACUGAACAUGAGAACAAUGUUUUAAUUUUAAGAUUUUAUUCUUAAAAAUGUAAAUUCAUGAAUAUCUUUAACAAAAAUCUUGUAUAUCAACAAUUAACCGUCUAAAUGCAUAUGCAAGACAUCUCAAACAAACAAUAGGCAGUUACAGCAUUCAACGAUUCAGUCAACAUUAAGAUAUAAAACAAAUCAAAAUAUUGCUUUUAUUUGAGGUUAUUUUCAAAGAAUGCAUACAUUCUAGAGAAACUCAACUCAUAUGCAGCCUCAUUAAAGUUUUCAGGGUUUGUCUUAUUGGCAAAUCCAUGGCCAGCAUCGUAGGUGUAAAACUCAUAAUUAGACUUGUAAUCCUGGAGCUUGGCACGAAAGGCUUCAUAGUCAGCUGGGGAAGAGAAGCCAACAGCGUGAUCUUUUUCCCCGAAGUGGCACUGGAUGGGUACUGUGAUGUUCUUAUAAUCACAGGUCAGGUUAGCUGGCCGUGGGAUGCCGUAAAAUGGUGCGGCCGCAUCCACGCUUUUGUAAAGUGUCACCACAGCAAUGGACAGGGCCCCUCCUUGACAGAAGCCGGUCGCCCCGACUUUUUUAACCCCUUGUGCUUUCAGAAAUCUGUCAAAGUGUGAUAUUUUCCUUUUUUUAAGAACAUGAUUUAACAAGUAAUAAGUAAGAUUAUAUGACAAAUGCAUAUUUUAAUUUGAAGGCAAUUUUCUUUUCUGCUUAACUGGUCAGAUUACGCUUCACUUGUGAACAUCUUCCUAAAAGAUAAAACUAUUUUCGAUCCCUGCUCAAAAAUAUGUAAACCAUUAGUUUCAUUUUAGGGAAGUUAGGAAAUGCUUAAAAAGUAAGGUUAAUAUUGAAUGUAUCUUAAGUGCACAAUCAAAGAGAAUUUCAAGGAUUUAGAUGUAGUUAAAUACAGCUAUAACGAACCUUGCACAUGCAUCCACAUCUUGUACUGCCCCCUCCCAGUUCAGGUCUUUACUGUAAUGACCUGCUGUCUCCCUGUCGAGGGCGACCUUUCCUCUAUAGAGAUCUGGUACGACCGUCACAAAGUUUGUUUUCUCAGCUAUUGUCUUGGCCACAUCUUUAAUGUUCUCAUUGACCCCCCACCAUUCCUGGGAAAACACGAGCACAUAGACAUUGGGUUAAUUCCCAAAUACUGUUACAUGAAAUUGAAACAUAUUACAAUUUAACUUUUAAACAGCAGUAGCAAACGGUGCACUGAGAUAGCAUAACUAAAGUUAUCAAUGGUAAAUGGUUUAUCACAUACUUUUACAUGAGCAAUGACAAUGUUUUCAGGGUGCAGAAUUAUGACUCAAAAGCAGUUUUGCAAUGAACACAAUUUAACUGCUUUUCAUGAUAUUCUUGUGUUGUGAAUCUUCAAAUAAGUCUCUUUAAAAUAAAGAUGAUAAGGUGAGCUUGUAUGUAAACAAAUAUUGCCGUUAACCAACCUGAAUAACAAUGAUGGCUGACUCAUUUGUUUUUGGGUCACCAAAUACAUAAGCUGGACAUGGACCCAGUGGAUUCUCAGAGGGAACCUCAACUUUUGUCUGUGACAUUCUGCAAGGAAAAUUAUUUUAAACUUUCAGCAGUUAGCAUUGUGAGAUAUUUGAGUGAGUUGAGCCCCAUUACUAGUUGUAAUAUCCUAAAACAUGGACCAAAAAUCAUGUUUAUUCUGUCUUGAUUUAAUUUUUGUUAGAUAGUUAAGUGAGUUGAGCACCUUUACUAGCAAUAAUAUAAAACAUUGGCAGAGAAACAUGUUCAUGCUGCCUUGAUUUAAUUUUAGGGACUCUUGCCUUGUUCAGACCUGUUAACUCUUACGAUUUUGGCGUACAAUGUACGAUUUUGAGGUGUAUACAUUAUAUAUCCUGUAUGUUCGUUUUUUUUUACUAUGCAGAUAAUGUAUUGAACGAUUUUGUGAAGAUAUUGUACGAUUUUAAGAGUUUGAGGGUAAACAGGUCUCCUUGUUAGUAAAUAGUUUUUAAAGCCUCAUGUUUCCAAAAAAAUGAAAAAAUCUUAAUUAGUGCUUUCACUAUUACACAGUUUUUUGAUGGUGGUGUUGUAAAUGACAGAGAGAUGGUUGAAUGAAUUAGUCCAUCAAAUGGCAACCUUUAAAGAUGGGGGCCAUGAGGGAAGUUCAAAUAUUGAUUUCAGUUAUUAGGCUUAUGAUAGCUUGGUGAUUCAGUCAAUUUAGUAUGAUGGGGAGGAAAGGGUCAUUCAUUGGGGGGGGGGGGGCACAAUGACAAAGUGAGCAUCCACCUGGGGCGGCUGGGAUCUCCAUCUUCUGAGGAUGCCAAAGCCAAAAUCAUACUUUUUCAUACAAAAUAUAUAUUAAUCAUUAAUCUAUACAUCUUUUGGUUGCUUGCCACGGGCCCUGGGUAGCUGGGAACAGUUCCCUGUGUGGUGAACUUAAAAGCAUCCAUAUGUUAUAAUCACACACCCCCACCCCUUUUUUUGUUUUAAUUUCUUUGUAGUUGUAGGUCUCAAUUAAUUUAUUUUUUACACUUAGUUCCUACAAAAUUAAUAUAAUGUCAUUUAAGUUAGUCAUCAUUUGCAAAGCCAUCGACCUCCAGAACUUCCACAAUAAAUAAUUCGCAAGUAUGUUCUCUUCAAGUGUAAAUAGUUGUGUAGUGUAGUCUAAGCCCAAAGUUUAUCAUGAUCCUCUCUACUCUAGUCUCUACUCUAUUGCUAUAAUACUAUGCUUCCCCGUGUGUAGUAAUCAUCACAUUACUUUACAAGCCUGCCAACUACUUCUACUACUACAUAAAUGAUUGACUUUUACUUACGCUGCGCUUCGAGGUUGUAAAGCUCUGUGUUUUAUUAUAACUUGCUUUCAGAUCAGCAGAAAUUAUCACAAUUCGUUGAUACCGUGUAACGGAACGGGCAAUGUUAUGGUAUAGUUUGUUAACCAACCCACGUUCAGACUUUAUAUUUAAUAACUUAUUAACAACACACCGCGUGACACGCCUGACCUGACCUACUUACAGCACCUGGCACAGAAAGGCAGUCUUACUUCUCCAUUACAAGCUUUUAAUCUUUAAUUUUUUUAAAAAAAUGUAUAUAUAUUUAAAAAGAAAGCCAUGCCUAUGGGAAAAACACACACGAACUGGGGUGACCUUCCCAAAUGAGGGCUCAAUAUAAUAUACAUAAAAAAAUUAUAUUUAACCCGUAAAUGUGGGGGGGGGGGGGGGGGUGUUGUGUUUUCCCCCUGUUUUUUUUCUUUCGAUUCUGCAAUAAUUAUAGCAAAUAGUUUUAUCACGAUUUUUGUAGUAAUUUCCCUCGCUGUUUUAACAAACCUUAAGUAACUAAACUUAUACAAGGUUAGCAGCAAGAGGAGAAAACCCCCGUACUGUCGCAGAAGAACGUCAAUAAAACGGACUGCUCUAGAUCAUAGUAGAUGCAAUCGUUUUAUAUUAUAUGUGACAAAAAUGUCAACCCAGCAUAAUCUAAAUGAAAAUGCAAUCGUUUUUUAAUUAAAUGUAAGAGACACAGAGAGACCUGCACAAAGUACAACUAUGCCAUGUGCUUACGAUUGUGUGAUGGCAACACAUAAUUAAUCUGCACUAUUAGUGUAGAGCAGACUUAAUAUGUAACUUAAAUAUAUUGUAUGUAAUUGGAUAUAAAAAUGCACAAGUGUAUUAUUAAAAAUAUUAUUGGUUUAAAAUAAAAAUAUACUUAAGGAAAUCUUUUGGAUAAAAUGCAAAAUUUUUAUGAAGAAGAAUGUAUCGAUUUUAUUGAGUAUCUUAUCUUGGAAUACUAAAGAUGAAUUAUCUCAUGACAACAAAGAUUGAGUGAUUGAAUUAUUGUUUCAGAAACAGGGAGGAAUUUUAAAAAACAAAACAAACCAAGGGGUUCUCCUAGGAGCCCAGCUUAGUAAACACUGUUGACAGGCCUGGCAUAUCAAGGGUUAAAGCAAAUUUUUUAGCGAAAUAAUAUCCCUUUGGCAAUACUGCAUCUGACCUGUCUUUUAAAUUGUGGUUACUAGUGGUUGGACAGUUAGCCUCAUGUCUCGUCGUGUAGGCGUCAUUUUUGCUUAGUCGCCUAUUUUGCCUUAUGCUCAGGGGCGUCACUAGCAUUGGUUCCACCCAUGGUAAACUCAUGGUGUCACAGUCACCCCAUUCAGAACUCUCCAUGGACCUUCUCCGAGUCAGCCUGCUCUGGUAACCCCCUGCUCUUAUGGCAACCUGCUCUGGUGGUACCCUACUCUCUUAAGCUCCAAUGCCCCGCCUACACACAACGCUCCUCACUCCUACACUGUGGCCAGGGGCCCUUCAAGCCCUUUGCCCCCUCGCAGCAACCCAACUUCUCACUCUCCCCAUCUUACCAUCUACCCUCUCACCCUUCACACCAUUCCUGUGUCCACCACUAACCCCUACUCCUUACCAACCUACCAUCCUCUUACUCUUACGCUCCCUUGCUGUUUCUACCUAAGCUCUCCUGUCCUAACCCUCCAAUGCCUUCUCACCCCACCCCUGUCCUUCCCCGCCUCUCUCUCUACUAUAUGUCACAUACACAUUGUCCCCCCAUCCCAACAGCCGGUCUUAUAAAUCUGCUCACCACAUAUCUUCUGACAACUUCCAACUGGUUCUCCCUACUAGUGAUGAGAAUAAUUGGGAAACCUUACAUUGACAUGGCUAUCUUUAAAUUUGCUCGUGGUGUUGAAAAACUAUUGUGGUUUGGAGGUGUGGAGGGGGGCAGUUGUUAAGUUUAUUAUUAGGAAUUUCUUUUUUUUUUUUUUAAAUGUUGUGCCUGGCGCAACCAUUCGCCAAGCUACUAGCAUUACAUGAUUAAUUUCUUAACAACAGAAUUUUUUUUAAGAGUCUUUGAAUUUUGAGAUAUUUAUUUUUAAAAAUUCCUUCAUAAUGUUGUCAUAUUGUGGCCAGGUUUAAUGUCAUCUUUCUCUUUGGCCAGGUUUAAGGUCAUCUUUCUCUGUGGCCAGGUUUUAUGUCAUCUUUCUCUGUGGCUAGGUUUAAUGUCAUCUUUUCUGUGGCCAGGUUUAAUGUCAUCUUUUCUGUGGCCAGAUUUUAUGUCAUCUUUUUCUGUGGCCAGAUUUUAUGUUGCCUUUCUAUGUGGCCAGGUUUUAUGUCAUCUUUCUCUGUGGCCAGGUUUUAUAUCAUCUUUCUCUGUGGGUUAAUUUAAGAAUAUGGCAUGUUUUUGUCAUCUUUCUCUGUGAGUUCGUUUAAGAAUAUGGCAUGUUUUCUGGGUGGGUGUGAAGACAAAAAACAAUCUGCUUGGUGAUUCUGUAUUUUAAAGAUGUUUGUUGUUUUCUUCCAUAGGCUUCUUACGGAAGAGGACAAAGUUCGCAUCUACUACAAUGUGGAGAAUGCCAGAGUGUACAGAAGUGCUGAGCCAAACUUUAUAGAAAUCCCAGCAGAGGUAGAAACAUAAACUUUAUGUCUGACAUAUUAUGUAGCAUGCAUGGACCAUCUGUUAUAUAGAUACCUUUCAAAAGUUUACAAAUCAUAUGUUAUCUGUGUAACUGUCACAUUGUGUCACUCACAUGUAUUGUACAAAGCAUGUGUUGUGUCUAUGUGCACAUCAUAUGUGUGUUUUUGUCUGAGUGCACAUCAUGUGUGUGUAUCUGUCUGGGUGCACAUCAUGUGUGUGUAUGUGUCUGAGUGCACAUCAUGUGUGUGUAUGUGUCUGGGUGCACAUCAUGUGUGUAUGUGUCUGGGUGCACAUCAUGUGUGUAUGUGUCUGGGUGCACAUCAUGUGUGUAUGUGUCUGGAUACACCUCAUAUGUGUGUAUGUGUCUGGAUACACCUCAUAUGUGUGUAUGUGUCUGGGUGCACCUCAUAUGUGUGUAAGUGUUUGGAUGCACCUCAUAUGUGUCUUAGUGCACAUCAUAUGUGUGUAUGUGUCUGGUUGCACAUCAUAGGAGCCUGAGAAAGCAACUUGUACCAUCUUGACUGUGUCAAUGUCGUGACCACUCCAACGAAGGACUCACACAAGUGUGAAGAGUUCCUUGAGAUCCUGUAGCCAAACUUGAGUUUAUCUCCAAGUUCUAAAGUCAAGAGCUACUUGGAGACGGUUCAUUUCAGAUAACUAAAGAUAAACCAGACAAAGAAAUUGUUGAUAAACUUAUUGAGGGGCUUCGCUCAAAUACUAAUGACAUCAGGACAUUCAUUUAUUAGGUCACUAAUUUACCAGGACAUCAAUACACCGAGCAAUGAUCUAUAAGAUUUUAAACUUAACAAAAGUUUCAGUACAAAUAAGGGACUUUUUUAAGCUAAAAAACCCCACUUUCAUCUCUUGUUUAACUACCCCUCCUUCAUCUACUCUACUCCUCUUUGAUCUAUGUCUCCGUUAUCUACUCUUCUUUAAUUUACUCCACUUUCAUCUUCUCCUAUUGCAUCUUAUCUACUCCUCUUUAUCUCAUUUACUCUUCUUUUAUCUCAUCUCCUCCUCCUUCAUCUACUCUUCUUUAAUAUACCCCUCUUUCAUCUUCCUCUCAUCUCAUCUACUCCUCUUUUAUUUCAUAUCCUUUAUCAUCCCACCUACUCUUUCAUCUAAUCUCCUCUCUUUCAUCUAAUUUCCUCUUCUCCCCUGUCUCCUCUUUCAUCCAUUUCUUCAUCUACUCUUCUUUUAUCUAUUUCAAAUACUCCCCCUUCAUCUACUUCUCUGUUAUCUCUGUCAACUCCUGUUUCUACUAGAUAGGUUAAUUCAUCAAGUUCAUUCACACGUUGUACUAGUACUGAAUCAACUCAAGUCAUUUAUCACUAUAAAUGUAACUUUAAUAUCUAAUUAUCAAGACUGCCAGACAAAUAAAACGUAGGAUACAAAACAGAGUAGACAAUAUGUCACAAUGAACAUAAAAAUAGUCAUCAAGUCAAACAUAAAAAUAGUCACGAAGUCUAACGUGGGAAGAGAAUUCACUAACUAAUUAAUAAUCUCACACACACAGCUAAUAAAAAAUAAUAUUCAGUCGCAACAAUUAUUAAUGAACUCCCAUACUGGACAAUCUCCUUCUCUUUCAUCCUCCCCUAUUUUAUCCUGUCCAUCCCUCCUCCAUGCAUGAAAAAAAAACCAACAAACAAUAAAAAUUGACUCGUACCAAACAUAAAACUAGAGUAAACUAGUAAACAAACAUUAAUCUUUAGAGAUCUGAGCAGAAUUGUUAAUGGAUAAGCCAUAUUUAAGGAUUGAAGACUCAUACCACGAAUUAGAAUUACCACUUUGCAUUUGCUAACCCAAACCUUUAUUGUUUUUUUUUUAAAAUUGUAUUUAUAUACACAUCGCUAAAGUUGUUUCCUUUUUUCUCUGCAGUGGGCCCCUGCGGUUGAGUAUUUGAUAAACACCUACCCUGAGUACACAAGUAUUGAGAACCUCCCACUGGAGAAUGUAGCUGAUCAGGUAAAACCUAAAUAUUUGUUCAAUGUCUGGUACAAGAUAAUAAAAAAAGGCUCCAUUGUUUUAUGGAAAAAAAAUGUGAUUGUGCCUAUGCCAGUGAAUAUCAAUUUAACAAAAAGGAAUUUUUGAAGACUAAUUAUCCUUUAGAACCAGACACGAAUUUUAUAUGCUUAGUGUUCUUGAUGAGACAUUGUUUCUUGACUAAACCAAACUCAAGUAUUAAUAUUAACAUGAUUUUUAAAAAAAAAGAUAUUGUGUUAAGAAAACUGUCAGAAAGCGUUUAAAAUUAUUUACAUGUUGUCAAUUCCAUUUAGACAGAUCAAUAUAGCAUUGAUUACAUGUUGUCCAUUACAUUGACAGAUCAACAUAGCGUCUACGCUGUACGAGAAAGGCCUUUUGAUUACCGGUGAACCUCUGGAGCCCACGUAUGACGAACCUGGUGAUGAAACCGAUGAUGGGGACUUGUGAAAAUUUAUGAUGAAAUGGUCUGCUGCAUACCAAGUGUGCAAGCAAACAGUUGGUGUGCACUGACAGACACUUUUAGUGGUUCAAAUGAAGGGCUUUGUGAGCAGUGCUUAAUCUAAUUUAUGAAAUUGUAUUUUUAAUGAGCUUAACUUUGUCAUGCUUGAUCAUUGCUGUUGGAUAUAUGGUCCUGUGGUACCAUGUUGUACAAGUUGUACUGUGUUACCAUGUGGUACAAGUUUUACUGUGUUACCAUGUGAUACAAGUUGUACUGUUACCAUGUUGUACAACUUGUACUGUGUUACCAUGUUGUACAAGUUUUUUAAUGGUAGCUAUAAGAACGUACAUGAUGAAUUGAUCAAUUCUUUUCCUUUGAGUUUCAGGUUUAUCAGUACAUAAUGACCUUGUGACAGGCAUUUUUAAACACCUCUCACAAUGGAUCUUUUGACAUUUUAAAAACUAACAAAUGUCCAUUUAUAAAGAAGUACUAAAUUGUUUUUAGUAUACAUAAUUCUAAAUUUAUGGUUCUGGAACAAUCCACAAUUGACGUCACACUAUUUUGGCCUAUUUUUUUACCCCUUUCCAAUCGUCACAACAAUGUAGGACCCCCC